UAAAAAGGCAGAGUCUGAAAGUUCAGAUCAAUGCAACAGAUGACACUGUUUGCAUGAGGUAUCUUCGACCAAGUCAAAACACCAAACUAGAAGGCUUUGUCCUGGGUUAUGGAAGCAACUUCUUCUCUAAUCAGUACAUUCCUUUACCUUCAGAAGGAAAAACCUACGUAACAGAACUUGAUGCAGAGCCACGGUAUUUGGUUUCAGUAAGACCAGCACGCGUUUCAAGUAACAAGAAAUCUUGUUCAGGUCGGUCCAAGACUCAAAAGCCUCUGCAGCUGGUAGUUGGCACUCUCACCCCAACCUCUGUGUUCCUCUCUUGGGGCAUCCUAGUCAACCCUCAGCAUGACUGGACAGCAACAAGUAACUGUGCUAGUGACAGGUUCUAUACAGUUCGCUACAGAGAAAAGGAUAAAGACAAGAAAUGGGUUUUUCAGCUUUGCCCAGUUACAGAGACAGUGGUGGACAAUCUGAAGCCAAACACAAUUUAUGAGUUUGGAGUUAAAGACAACGUAGAGGAUAGUAUUUGGAGCAAGACUUUCAAUCAUAAGACGGUUCUGUCCAAUAAAAAAGUAAAUGGACAACUCCAGAAUAUGUACAAGUUGGUACCUAAUUCCCAAACACAG